AUGAAGAUGGUCAUCUUGAUUCUGAUUCUAACAAUACUCAGCACAUAAGCUUAAACAUCAUUAAGAGGCAAGAGUAAAAUUGAAUAGAACGAAGAAUUAUCAUAUUUGCCAAAUGAUUAUGCAUCAGAACUAUAAGAAUACUCAUUGUUUGUACAAUUAACAAAGCCCUUUUAUGAAACAGCACCAAUGGAUGUUAUGCUUCUUAAUCAUGAAAUGGAGAUAGCUAGAAUGAUGGGUAACCCGGGAGUAACAAUGAUGAAUUAUGUGCUUGAAGAGUCACCUUUCAGUCCUGCUUGGUGA